AUAUUUUGCAGGUAUUGUUCUCUUUGUUGUUAUAUUGUUUCUUUCUUUUGUAUCCGGUUCUCUUAAUAUAUAUAUAUGUGUAUUUUAUUCUUCUUCCGGGACUUGUUAAUGACAACAGACUGCUUGAGAGGCUUCCAAAAGUGGUUCUGGGGAAUGAGGAAUUGCCUGCACUCUCAGUGGUGAAGCAGUUACUUGUCGUCACUUACUAUUCUGGACCGCAGUUUUUGGCGAAUCAUCUUCAGUCUCCCGUAUGUAUUCUUUCUCAAGCUCAUAGAUAACAGCUAGCAGAUUCCUGGAUAUAUUUUCUCUCUGUCUGAGCCGUAAUUCAGCAUUCACCAGUUCUCUUGAGAAACUCAUCGCAGAAAGGCCUUCAUCAUCGACAGGUUACCUCCCUUCAAUGACAGAAUUAAAAGUGGGGAGUCGGGAGACUGAAUACAACCGUACUGUUCCAAAUAUCACUGAAUCAGAUCAACUAAACUUGGAGAUAUCGUCGCCCACUAGCUAUAUGUUACCUCGCAUGCCUCCAUGGUUCUCUUACGUUGGUAGCCAGAAGCUCUAUGAGAUGCUUGCUGUAAUCCUUAGACUUGUAGGAUUAUCCUUAAUGGCAGGAUUUGAAAAUGAAGGACAUUUAGCAGUCAUCCUGGAUAUUCCUCUGGGGAUUUUCCGUAAACUAGUUUCAGAUAUUCGUGCAAAGGAGUAUAAUGGAGAAGACUGGCAGUUAGUUCGCCAGGCGGCAACUGCUGCUUGUAUACUGAAUGAGGUGAUUUUUGGUCUAACGGAUCAAGCAACUGAUGCUCUCUCAAGACUGCUUCGGAAGUCAAGAAAGGGAAGUGACAAACUUUCCUGGGAAAUCUCAUGGAUAAACGUGCAAAAAGUCAUCUGAGUGAUUGCGUUGAUAAAAUCUUGCACGAAUACCAAUCUUCUGAAGUGCGGGAUCUCCUUGUGGACCAAAAGACAAUUCCCGGGCAAACUGAUUCCGAUGUUCAACUUUUUAGUCCGCAUUUCUUAAAAGACUGUGCAAUGCUACACCAGGUUAUAAAAGAAGGAGUAGGUGUAUUUUCCUUUUGUCUUGGGAAAGAUUUUGUUCUAAGUGGAGAGAGGGAUAGAGGGAAAGAGGGAGAGAGAAUGGAGAAGGGAAGAGCACUUUGUUGUGACAAGACCGAAGUGAAGAGAGGUCCAUGGAGCCCAGAAGAAGAUUUGAAACUCAUCUCUUCCAUUCAAAAGUUUGGUCAUAAGAACUGGAAAUCUCUUCCCAAAAAAUCUGGGUUAUUGCGGUGUGGGCAUAGUUGUCGUAUGAGGUGGAUUAACUACCUCAAACCAGAUCUGAAGCGUGGCAACUUCACUGCAGAGGAGGACGAAACAAUCAUCAAGCUCCACCAGAACUAUGGGAACAAGUGGUCAAAAAUCGCUUCUCAGCUUCCAGGUAGAACAGAUAAUGAAAUCAAGAAUGUGUGGCGCACCCAUCUAAAGAAAAGAUUUGUUGAGAGAUCAGGAACCGAUCUCACUGCACAUGAACCAGCUUCAUCACCUCGUUCUGUUUCUCGUGGGAACGAGGAGAAGUCUCGAGCAGCAGAUUCUUUGGACAUAACAACUAACCAUGAGUCGUCAUGGAGGAAUGGGUUGUCUACAUCUGUGUCAUCGGGUGGUUCAUUUAAUCAUUCAAACCAAGAAGAUGAUCCAACGAGUGGUCUUAUGUUUGAGUACAUGGAAGAAGAUUAUUGCGAGUUUAACGACAUUAUUCAAGAGGUAGACAAACCGGAUCUGGUGGAGAUCCUUUUCGAUACCGAUACUGACAUUUGGAGUUACUUAGAUGCUCCAAACUCGUUUCAGCAAUGCGCUGCAAAUGAGUUCAGCUCAGCUUCAAGAGUAGAAGAAGAGUCGGAUGAGGAUGAGGUUAAGAAAUGGUUGAAGAGCCUGGAAAGUGAACUGGGGUUAGAAGAAGAUGACAGUCAACGUACGAGCUCAUGAUACAUUAAAUGAAAUUUUUGGUAGUUAGGAUUAGUUUGAAAUCUCUUUAUCAUCUAACAACAAUAGCCAUCGUAAAACUACAAAACAAGAUGACCACUUGCUAGCUUUUUGGUAAUUAACAUGUAUAUUAACGAGUUCAGCAAGGAAGGUGCUUUAUCAUUAAAUAAAAAAAAAUAUCAUGUUUA